CUCACACGCUGCGUGAUCCACAUCACAAACCGAGAGCGGACGCUUUGCCCAGCCGAUGGAGUAGUAGUAGCGGUAGUAGCGUGGGUGCAGUUCACGGCUUCCUCCCCUUUCCCCCCCACCCACAUUCUUCACCUUCUUCUUUAAUGGAGUCACAUUUUAUGUGGAAUAUUUCUCCAUCUCAUCGCGAGUGACCCUGCAGUGAAUCCUGAGAACGUUAGUCUCCCGACAGGAGACAAGAUGGCGUCUAACAACACCCUGCGCAGCUACUCCAUCAUCCCAUGUUUCAUCUUUGUAGAGCUCGUCAUCAUGUCCGGCACGGUCUUGUUGGCCUACUACAUGGAGUGCACGGACCUGUUCAGCGUCCACGUGCAGGGUUUCUUCUGUAAUGAUGCUGACCUGAUGAAGCCGUACCCUGGCACGGAGGAGUCCAGCUUCGUCCCUCCUCUCAUCCUGUACUGUGUGGUGGCCGCUGCUCCGACGGCUAUUAUUUUUAUCGGAGAGGUGUCCAUGUACAUGAUGAAAUCAACAAGGGAAGCUCUGUUGGCCCAGGAGAAAACAAUAGUGACAGGAGACUGUUGUUACCUCAACCCCCUCAUCCGCCGCAUCAUACGCUUCAUAGGUGUGUUUGCAUUCGGUCUGUUUGCUACAGACAUUUUCGUCAAUGCAGGCCAGGUGGUGACUGGAGGUCUCUCGCCCUACUUCCUGUCUGUUUGCAAGCCCAACUACACUGGCACCGAGUGUCGCUUUAAUCACCAGUUUAUCGUCAACGGCAACAUCUGCACCGGGAACCACGUGGUGGUGGAGAAGGCUCGGCGGUCGUUCCCAUCUAAGGACGCUUCGCUGAGCAUUUAUUCUGCCGUUUACCUGACGAUGUACAUCACCAGUACAAUCAAGACCAAGUCCAGCCGCUUGGCCAAACCAGUGCUCUGUCUGGGCACACUCUGCUCCGCCUUCCUCACCGGCCUCAACAGAGUUUCAGAGUAUCGAAACCACUGUUCAGAUGUAGUGGCUGGAUUUAUACUGGGAUCAGCUAUUGCAUUGUUUCUGGGUAUAUGUGUGGUGAAUAACUUCAAAGGUGUCCACAGUGCAGCGGCAAAACAGAAGACUGAGGACUACCGCGGUCUGCCUCUGAUGACUUUCCCCCGUGUAGAGAGCCCACUGGAGACCCUGAGCGCACAGAACCACUCGGCAUCGAUGACAGAGGUCACAUGACUAAGGGGGCAGCACCGGGUCACGUUUGCGUCUCCACAGCACUUCCAGACACAAUGACGAGGACGCAUGUCACGUGGCUCCGAAUGCUUACAAAAACCACUCCUGAUAUAUCUGUUUAAAUCACCUGGGGGACAAAAUACACCAUGUUUGCAGUGGUUUUCAUUUAGUUGGGCUAUGCUCAGUUCAACCUCCCAAGGCACACAGAUCAGGCAACAAUAUCACAAAUCACAACAUAAGCACAGAUUGUUUUUCCAGGUUAUUUGAGAUCAUUGAAACAUGGGACAUUUUUUUCCUCCAAGGUGUGCUGUUUGUAGUUAGAGGACGGUGUUUUGUACAUUUUGUAUGAGCGAGUGCCGUAGCCUAUCCUGACGAUGUUAAAACCUGCACACUUCCUGUCAGCUGACUCACUCUGUUUUACAUCACAUCCUGCCGGGUGAAAUGCCUUGUCAAUCACCACAUGUACCCCACUCGGUAAGAAAAAUCUGCUAUGGAAAAAAAAUAUUGAUGUUGUUGUUCUGUGGUGUUUGUCAUUUGUACAGAAAAAAGACAGAAUCCUUCUUUUUAUUAUCUCUGUACAUUAACUGACCAUGUCAGGUCAUAUUUUUUAUGGAUUUUUGUUAAUAUGUAUGACUAUUAUGAUCCAUUUGGACCUGUUUGCCUGCUGUAAACCUGGAUAUUUUUUGGUAUCAGUUGUUUGGGGAACAACUCCUCUCCCCUUAGGAGGAAAUGGCAAGGAUGAGUCACUGAAAUGCUCAGAAAAUGUGUUUUUGCACCUGUAGUGACAUGUCAUCAGGCUAAAUAUACAAAACUCUGAUUGGCUUAAAUGCAUGGUAUCAGUGUGCUUCACCCCAAUUUGCAGAUUUACUUUGAUGUUAAUAGGAAGAUCUCUAUGGAGAGAUCCAGAGGAGCUAGCCCAUGCCAGAUCCGUGUAUAGAUUAUGCUGGUAUGGUUUUCCAAUUAUAUUUACUGAAAUUCCAAUGGAAGACAUCCCUAAUAAGUACAUGGUGAAAAAUAUAAGAGAUUCUUUUCAACUGAAACUGAGUAAUUUACUUGAGGCCUGGUUAGCCCUCCUCACUGAAAACCAGGCUAAUGACUCCUGCUUCACUUUUCCUCCUCGAGGUACCCCUCCCUCUCCCCAACCCACCAGUGGAUUGUGAUGCAAUGUUGUGAUUCCAUUUCCUAUUGGAAGAUAUGCCCAGCAUGAAGAGAGAAGUCAAGAUGUUUUAUAGAUAUUACUCAUUAUCAUUGUGAUUACAAUUGUCUUUUAUUUUGAGAACAAAAAAAGGCAUUUCAGCUGAAAUGCUACAUAUAUUUUCUUUCUUCGUUUGUCCAAAAAAAUUAAAUAGUCAGUAGCAA